GAACUCAGAGUGCAGAGGAGUGAGGAUGCCCUGUCUGACCCAGAUAGGUGAAGCACAUGCCUUAAUAAGCAACACACAGAUUCAUUUUGGUAUAUAUUGAUGUGUUGCAUAUGUAACAGAGCCUGUGUGUAUCAGACAGGAGUACCAGCAGCGGGCGUGUCAGCAGCUUACCUUCCCUCUCCUGAGGACCAAGGUGGCUGUGCAGGAGACAUGAGGACAGUCUGCUCACACAUUCUCAACGCCAUCAUGGACCAGCAGACGGGGUCAGUAUUGGACUGAUCUGUACCCCAGAUCAUUCUAAUUAUUCCAAUAUACAUUGUUGAAGUCAGUUCAGUAUCUCCCUUUGUUUUGAUAUCAGAGUGAAGAGGACUGUGGACUGUGAGACCAUUAUGGAACAUAUCAACCAGUAUCAGGUGUGUCCAUAUGGGGGUUAAGAGAGGGAGGGAGAGAUGGACUAUAACAGAGCAGGAUGAUUAAGUUUAGAUAUAUUAAUCAUUCAUUAAAGCUAAUGUAUUGUAUCUACAGUCUGAAUCCAUGUGUGAAUCCAUAGUUCACUUCUCAUCUUGACCAAACCUGUCGAAAUCAAGACCCUUUUUUUUUUUUACAGAAAUACUAUGAUGUGUUUCCCAGAUUUUAUCAUUAUCGUAUAUCAGAGGAAGGGCUGCUCCCCAGCUGGCCUGCUGCCUUACCAUCUCACAGCACACUUCUUAACAGUAAAUUUGUUCCACUCUUAGAUUAUUAACUGUACUGCUAUAGACAUGGGUAGACCGUGUUAACAACAUAUUGUGAUAUUUAUCAUAAUAAAUUGGAAUAUCUACCUUCUUUUUAUUUUUCAUAGGCUGUGCUCAUGGCCAGUGUGAGCUGUGACUGUCCAUCAGGAGAAGUGAACAAAGCCAUGUCCCUGAUCAGUUUUCACUGUCCAAGGCUCCUCGUCUCUGCUGGUGUACUACCAGGAUCACAUGUCUGUUUGUUAAUCUGAGGUGAUGUACACCUUAAUCUGAGCGUUUUAAUGUAUGAUGCUGACCGAGUGUAAUUUGUGUGUGUGUUGGACAGCACUGGUGGGGCCGUCUCUCCCGUGUUGGUGUCUCUGGUGUCGCCUUACUGACGGACAGCCUCAGCAGCUGCAGGUCCUGGCUGACUGUCACUUGUGGGCCUACAGGUAACACAGGAUCAUGCGUACAUGCCUGUGUAUAUAGAACAUUUACUGAUAAUACUCCUAUACAAACUAAAUGUUAUUUUUGAGAGUGAUGAUUGAUUGAGUUCUUGUGCUGUCUCUUUGGCAGUUCAAUGAAGGGGGUGUCAUGCCCUGUCCCCUCUGCCCCGCCCCUGCUCCUGGCAGCCUGUCUGCCCUGUGUAUGGGAGUGGCCAGGGCCAGGGCCAGGGCAAGCCUGGAGAUGUUGGGACAGAUGGCAGAGCAGCACAGACAGGUGAGGACACUUCUUUUCCCUAUCAUCAAGUUUUUCAAACUCAACCUAGAUGUUUGUUCAAUAGGUUCAUUAGCCAUGUUUGUAAGCGUUGAUGGAGUGGACACGUAACACAGUGAAUUGAGAAAAUCUAUUUCACACCACCUAAAGGACAGAGGUCAAUGUUCAAAGAAAAAGAAACCCACACAAACGCAGGUUUCUUAAUAUAUAAAGUUGUGGCUAAAUAUAUUGGCACCCUUGUACUUUGUUAAAAUAAUUCCCUAUAAUCUAUUGGAUUUUCAACAUUGCAGAACCAAUUUAUUUUUGUAAACCUAAGUUGACAAAAAUAAAUGACAAAUAAAGACAAAUGGCAUGGACAAAAUUAUUGGCAACCCAGAGCUAGUACUUGGUUGCACUUGGUUGCUCAGCUGGUAGAGCACGGCGCUUGUAACGCCAAGGUAGUGGGUUCGAUCCCCGGGACCACCCAGACACAAAAAUGUAUGCACGCAUGACUGUAAGUCGCUUUGGAUAAAAGCGUCUGCUAAAUGGCAUAUUAUAUUAUAUUAUAUUAUAAGAUAACAGCCAACAUUUGCUUCUUGUAGCCAUCAAUGAGCUUGCUGCACCAUUCUACUGGCAAUUUGGCCCACUCUUCAGCAGCAAACUGCUCUAAUUCUUCGAUGUUUGACGGGUUGGCCUCCACCAACUGCUGUUUUCAGAUCUCGCCAUAGGUUAUGGAUGUGAUUCAGAUCUGGACUCUAUGCUGGCCACUCCAGAACAGUCCAGUGUUUCUUCUUGAACCAUUCCAGCGUGCGUUUUAUGUGUGUUUGGGGUUGUUGUCCUACUGGAAGACCCACAACCUUCAUCAGAGACAGUUUUUUAACUCUGGGUUGAACGUUGCACUCCACCUUGAUAAUCUGCUGAUUUCAUGACGUCUUGCACACAUUCAAGGCCCCCAGUACCAGAAGCAACAAAGCAACCCCACAGCAUCAUCAAACCUCCCCCAUAAUUUAUUUUAGAAUAAAUUGGGAAUUAUUUAAGAAAAGUGCAAGGGUGUCAAUAUAUUUGGCUGCAACUGUAGGAUUCUUGGAAUAUAUUAUUGGAAUGUUUUGGUAGUUGUGACAUAUUAGUGAAACACUGACACACAUGCUCAGCACUAAUCUUUGGCCUCACACAAACACAGUUUCUGAUUCAUCAUUCAGGAGCAGAGACUCAAAUGAUUAGGGAAACGACUCAGCAGUUUUCUAUUAGAGACGUGAUCAUUGUCACGAGACUCCCUUCUAAGUAAUGAAUUAGUACCAGGGAAACUGCCAUUCAGGCUCUCCUUGUCUUUCUGCUGCCAUUUCUCUCCAGCUGCUCCUCUGUGUGACCGACCUCCUCACAACUUUUCUCACGCCUUAGGUACAUUUUACAUUUUUGGCAUAUAGUAGAUGCUCUUAUCCAGAGCAACUUGUCAGUGCAUUCAUCUUAAGAUAGCUACAGUUGAAGUCGGAAGUUUACAUACACUUAGGUUGGAGUCAUUAAAACUCGUUUUUCAACCACUCCACAAUUUCUUGUUAACAAACUAUAGUUUUGGCAAGUCGGUUAGGACAUCUACUUUGUGCAUGACACAAGUAACUUUUCCAACAAUUGUUUACAGACAGAUUAUUUCACUUAUAAUUCACUGUAUCACAAUUCCAGUGGGUCAGAAGUUUACAUACACUAAGUUGACUGUGCCUUUAAACAGCUUGGAAAAUUCCAGAAAAUGAUUUCAUGGCUUUAGAAGCUUCAGUUGGGCUAAUUGACAUCAUUUGAGUCAAUUGGAGGUGUACCUGUGGAUGUAUUUCAAGGCCUACCUUCAAACUCAGUGCCUCUUUGCUUGACAUCAUGGGAAAAUCAAAAGAAAUCAGCCAUGACCUCAGAAAAAAAUGUGUAAACCUCCACAAGUCUGGUUCAUCCUUGGGAGCAAUUUGCAAACGCCUGAAGGUACCACGUUCAUCUGUACAAACAAUAGUACGCAAGUAUAAACACCAUGGGAUAACGCAGCCGUCAUACCGCUCAGGAAGGAGACGCGUUCUGUCUCCUAGAGAUGAACGUACUUUGGUCCGAAAAGUGUAAAUCAAUCCCAGAACAACAGCAAAGGACCUUGUGAAGAUGCUGGAGGAAACAGGUACAAAUGUAUCUAUAUCCACAGUAAAACAAGUCCUAUAUCGACAUAACCUGAAAGGCCGCUCAGCAAGGAAGAAGCCACUGCUCCAAAACCGCCAUAAAAAACCCAGACUAUGGUUUGCAACUGCACAUGGGGACAAAGAUCGUACUUUUUGGAGAAAUGUCCUCUGGUCUGAUGAAACAAAAAUAGAACUGUUUGGCCAUAAUGACCAUCGUUAUGUUUGGAGGAAAAAGGGGGAUCUUGCAAGCCAAAGAACACCAUCCCAACCGUGAAGCACGGGGGUGGCAGCAUCAUGCUGUGGGGGUGCUUUGCUGCAGGAGGGACUGGUGCACUUCACUAAAUAGAUGGCAUCAUGAGGAAGGAAAAUUAUGUGGAUAUAUUGAAGCAACAUCUCAAGAAAUCAGUCAGGAAGUUAAAGCUUGGUCGCAAAUGGUCUUCCAAAUGGACAAUGACCCCAAGCAUACUUCAAAGUUGUGGCAAAAUUGCUUAUGGACAACAAAGUCAAGGUAAUGGAGUUGCCAUCACAAAGCCCUGACCUCAUCCUAUAGAAAAUGUGUGGGCAGAACUGAAAAGGCGUGUGCGAGCAAGGAGGCCUACAAACCUGACUCAGUUACACCAGCUCUGUCAGAAGGAAUGGGCCAACAUUCACCCAACUUAUUGUGGAAGGCUACCCGAAACGUUUGACCCAAGUUAAACAAUUUAAAGGCAAUGCUACCAAAUACUAAUUGAGUGUAUGUAAACUUCUGUCCCACUGGGAAUGUGAUGAACGAAAUAAAAGCUGAAAUAAAUCAUUCUCUCUACUAUUAUUCUGACAUUUCACAUUCUUAAAAUAAAGUUGUGAUCCUAACUGACCUAAGACAGGGAAUUAUUACUAGGAUUAAAUGUCAGGAAUUGUGAAGAAUUGAGUUUAAAUGUAUUUGGCUAAGGUAUAUGUAAACUUCUGACUUCAACUGUAGGUGGGACAACCACAUUUCACAGUCAUAGUAAGUACAUUUUCCUCAAUAAAGUAGUUAUCAGCAAAGUCAGUGCUAGUAGGAAAAGACAAGUGCAAUUAUUAUUCUAUUUUUGGGUGGGUGGGGAAGGUGGGGGCGCUGUGGGAUUUAGUCAAUGCCAAGAGUUUUUCUUGGUUAGGUCACGUGGUCAAGGAACUCCUAGCCCUACAUACUAAACAAUGUAAUAGUAAUGUAUUCAACAGACUAAAACACCUUUUAUACUAACAAAACACCACAUAACUACAACGUUUAUCAUACAACAUUUUGUGUCUCUGAUGUUAUAUUGGGUAUUUAUAAUAUUUAGUUUUUUCAAAUCAAGAACAAGGCCUAUACCAGCCUGUAGCCGUGGUAACAUCCAGAUGAAUACACAAGACUGAUGCCUUUAUCCUUUUACAGGUAUAUUUACUUGGUCAAACUGUCAGCACUGUCCUCAGUAUUGUCAUCCAUUUUCUCGUUUAUAUGCGAGUUCUGUAUGUGUAUUGUGUUCUGUUUCCCUCCCAGCCUGGUCCCCCAUCUUAACUCUGAGAUGUUGAAGAGGACAGUGAAGACCUCAGGGUUCCUCCACACUGCUGUGCUCUGCUACUCCUCCCCUAUCAAGCUGUUUAUGGAUGGCCAGACUUCCUGCCCUGUGAUCGAGCACCCAACUGAUCAGGUGAGCUUUCUUUGAUUAGCAAAAAAAGCACAGAUAAUCAUGUUUAAUAAUCAUACAUCCUCAAUGUGGUCACCAAACUACUGACAGUGGCAUUUUUCUGAAUCUGUGUUUUGGUCUCACAGAUGGACCCCUCCCAAAUUCUGACCCGGGCCCAGCAGGUGCUUCUGAAGAUUAUCACUGACAUCCCCAACCUCACUGUCUCAAUGUCAGCUGAACCA